UUUGCACCAUCACUCCUCGGCCUAUCUUAAAAAUUACCGAUUCCCUUAACCCCCGUUUUUCUAUCUCCCAAAAAACAAAUAGUUUCUCCGGAAAAACUAGGGUUUGUACUCGUGCUCGCUUCGUCUCAGGUUACUUUUCGACAUGGAUUCUGCAACACAGACUUUGCAGCACCGCAUAUCUGUCAAAUUGUGGCCCCCUGGUCAGAGUACAAGGCUAAUGCUUGUAGAACGGAUGACAAAGAAUUUCAUUACCCCAUCCUUUAUCUCCAGAAAGUAUGGGUUGUUGAGCAAAGAGGAGGCUGAGGAGGAUGCCAAGAAAAUUGAAGAGGUGGCUUUUGCAGCUGCAAACACGCACUAUGAGAAACAGCCGGAUGGUGAUGGAAGUUCUGCUGUGCAGAUAUAUGCUAAAGAGUCUAGUAGGCUUAUGUUGGAGGUCCUCAAAAGGGGGCCCAGAAUACAGGAGGAUGAAGAGGUGGCAGCAACAGCCGAUAAAGGUGCGGCUACUCUUGCGAACGUGUUUGAUAUAUCUGGUGGCCGGCGGGCAUUUAUUAGUGGAGAGGAGGCUGAGGAGGUUUUAAAACCCCUUAAGGUGCCAGGAAACUUGUAUACUAGGAUAUGUUUCAGCAAUAGAAGCUUUGGCUUGGAGGCAGCCCAUGUCACAGAACCAAUCUUGUUGUCCAUAAAGGAUCAAUUGACAGAAGUGGACCUUUCGGACUUUGUUGCAGGAAGAUCGGAAUCAGAAGCUCUUGAAGUGAUGAACAUAUUUUCUUCAGCCCUAGAAGGCUGUAAUCUGAGGUAUCUGAACCUUUCAAACAAUGCCUUAGGCGAAAAGGGUGUCAGGGCUUUUGGGAAACUUCUCAAGACCCAGAAUAAUUUGGAGGAGCUUUAUUUGAUAAAUGAUGGUAUCUCGGAAGAAGCUGCACGAGCUGUUUGUGAGCUGAUUCCUUCAACCGAGAAGCUCAAGGUCCUUCAUUUUCACAAUAACAUGACUGGAGAUGAAGGUGCAGUUGCUAUUGCUGAGAUGGUGAAACGUUCCACUGCACUGGAGGAUUUUCGAUGUUCUUCAACAAGGGUGGGCUUGGAAGGUGGUGUUGCCCUAGCUAAAGCUCUUGGAUCAUGUAACCAUUUAAGGAAGCUUGAUCUACGUGAUAAUAUGUUUGGUGUAGAAGCUGGUAUUGCUCUGAGCAGGUCUUUACUUGCAUUUGCAGAUCUUACUGAAGCUUACCUCAGUUAUCUUAAUUUGGAGGACGAGGGGGCUGAAGCACUUGCUAAUGCUUUAAAGGAAUGUGCACCUUCAUUGGAAGUUCUGGAUAUGGCUGGGAAUGACAUUACAGCCAAAGGUGCUUCUUAUUUGGCUGCCUGCAUUGCGGCAAAACAAUUUCUCACUAAAUUAAAUCUUUCUGAGAAUGAACUGAAGGAUGAAGGUGCUAUUUUGAUUGCCAAGGCAAUUGAAGGGGGCCAUGGCCAGCUCAAUGAAGUUGAUUUGAGCAUUAAUGCAAUUAGACUAGCUGGGGCAAGGCUCCUGGCACAGGCUGUUGUGGAUAAGCCUGGAUUUAAAUCAUUAAAUAUCAAUGGUAAUUACAUAUCUGAUGAAGGGAUUGAUGAGGUGAAGGAUAUAUUUAAGGGUUUGCCUGAUGUGCUUGGAAAUUUGGAUGAGAAUGAUCCAGAUGGAGAAGAUCUUGAUGAAGAUGCAAAAGAGGAGGAUGAGGAUACUGACAGUGAAGAUGAAUUGGAAUCAAAACUCAAGGGACUAGAAAUCAAGCAUGAAGAGUAGUUCAUCGCAGAAUGUUACAGGUACAAUCAAGUUCAAGCUAGACUGUCAUUGAUGAAGAUCCAGGGGCAGACGAGCUUUCUAUCCAUGAUCACACUGUUGAGCUACUAUUGCUGUCAUCACACAUAUAGGGAUGCCGGAUUUUGCUCUGAAAGUUGUGUCACUACCCUUUGCUUAAAACCAUGGUUUUAGCUAACAGAGAAAUUAUCUUGGCAAUGCUUGUUAUUUCCUUCUCAAAAUUCUUUAAUGAGGAUUUGAGAUGAUUAAUAACCUGGACGGGUCCCUUGUAUUUAGCCAUGGCAGAACAUCAGAAUCUCAUUAGAAGCAGACCUGUAGUAAUCAAAGCCUAAUAUUUUAGUCGUGAUAAAUUUUAUUUUAUA